AUGCUAUCUAGAUUGGUAUGCCUGCGGCAAUUAAGUGCCUUAAAAAAGACGGUUUCACCGACUUUAUAUCAUACGUUGUCUGGUACCAAGAUAGCGAAAUCGAUCAGGGAACAGGCAAAUUCUGAGAUUCAGUCCAUAAGAAAAAACUUUCCAGACUUUGAACCAAAGCUUAAGAUCCUUCAAAUCGGGGCAAAACCGGACUCUUCAACCUAUGUCCGCAUGAAAUUGAAAGCAUCCACCGAAAGUGGUAUUGCUUGUGACGUUGAAAAAAUGCCAGACACUAUAACAGAAGUUGAAUUGCUUAAUAAGAUUGAGCAAAUUAACGACGAUGACUCUAUUCAUGGUUUAUUGAUUCAAUUACCCCUACCAAAAAAUCUUGAUGAGGCAAGAAUAACAAAUGCAGUCUCUUACAAGAAAGAUGUAGACGGCUUCCAUCGCUAUAAUGCAGGUGAGUUGGCUAAAAGAAAUGGGAGUCCAUUUUUUAUUCCAUGCACUCCAAACGGUUGCAUAAAAUUGUUGCAGGAAGCUAAAAUUGAUUUGAAUGGUAAAAAUGCCGUGGUUAUUGGUAGAUCUGAUAUUGUUGGUACUCCCGUCUCUAAUUUAUUGAAAAAUAUGAAUGCUACAGUUACAAUGUGUCACAGUCGUACUAAAAAUAUUCCAGAAAUAUUGUCAACUGCUGAUGUUGUUAUUGCCGCAUGUGGCAUGCCACAAUAUGUCAAGGGCGAAUGGCUCAAGGAGGGUGCUGUAGUGAUUGACGUUGGCAUAAAUUAUAUUCCAGAUAAUACCAAAAAAUCAGGAGUAAAACUUGUUGGUGAUGUUGACUUUGAAUCUGCAAAAAAUAAGUGUUCAUAUAUUACACCAGUUCCUGGUGGAGUUGGACCAAUGACUGUUGCCAUGUUAGUUCAAAAUGUUUUGAGCGCCGCAAAAAGACAAUUGACAGAAUCGGAUAAUAUGCCAAAGAUUGCUCCCCUACCACUUCAUUUGAAGCAGCCUGUACCCUCAGAUAUUGAGAUUUCCAGAAGCCAACAGCCAAAACCUGUUUUGGAAAUAGCAGAAGAGUUGGGUAUUCACAAUCAUGAACUUGAACUCUUUGGUCACUAUAAAGCUAAGGUUUCGCUUUCAAUCUUGAAUAGAUUGCAAGAUCGUGAAAAUGGUAAAUAUGUUUUAGUAGCUGGUAUUACUCCAACACCAUUGGGUGAAGGAAAAUCCACUACAACCUUGGGUCUUGUUCAAGCACUGUCUGCUCACUUGAAUAAGCCCUCUAUUGCCAAUGUGCGUCAACCUUCUAUGGGACCAACGUUUGGAGUUAAAGGUGGUGCUGCAGGUGGUGGUUAUUCUCAAGUUAUUCCAAUGGAUGAAUUCAAUCUACAUUUGACUGGUGAUAUUCACGCAAUUGGCGCUGCCAAUAAUUUAUUGGCUGCUGCUAUAGACACUAGAAUAUUUCAUGAAAAGACACAGAAGAAAACUUCGACUUUCUACAGUAGAUUAGUACCAAAAAAGAAGGGAAAAAGAACUUUUACCAAAUCUAUGUUGAAUAGAUUGAAAAAACUGGGUAUCAACAAACCCAAUCCAGAUGAAUUAACUGAGGAGGAGAUCGAAAAAUUCGCGAGACUAAAUAUUGACCCUGAAACCAUCACCAUCAAGAGGGUUGUCGAUGUCAAUGAUAGAAUGUUGAGACAAAUAACGAUUGGCCAAGCCCCAACAGAAAAGGGACAAACCAGAUCAACUGGUUUUGAUAUCACGGUGGCUUCUGAGUUGAUGGCUAUUCUUGCUUUAUCGAAUGAUCUCAAAGACAUGAGAGGACGUAUUGGUAGAAUCGUGGUUGCUGCAAACUAUGAUGGCGAACCUGUUACCGUCGAAGACAUUGGAUGUGCUGGUGCUUUAACAGCUUUGUUGAAAGACGCCAUCAAACCAAAUCUAAUGCAAUCUUUGGAAGGAACUCCAGUUAUGGUUCAUGCUGGGCCGUUUGCCAAUAUUUCCAUUGGUGCAUCAUCUGUUAUUGCAGACAAAAUUGCCCUAAAGUUGGUUGGUAAGUCUAAGAAAUCUCACGUUCAAAAUCAAGAGGGUGGCUUCGUUGUUACUGAAGCAGGUUUCGACUUCACUAUGGGUGGUGAAAGAUUCUUCAAUAUUAAAUGUCGUGCUUCUGGCUUGACCCCCGAUGCAGUAGUUUUAGUAGCAACCGUUAGAGCACUAAAAUUACACGGUGGUGCACCAGAUGUUAAACCUGGUCAAACGUUACCACUUGCAUAUACAGAAGAAAACGUUGAUUUGGUUGCAAAAGGAGUUGCAAAUUUAUGUAAACAAAUUUCAAAUGCAAGACAAUUUGGCGUUCCGGUUGUUGUUGCUAUCAACAAAUUUGAAACUGAUACUGAAGCAGAAAUUGAAGUAAUUAGAAAGGCGGCGAAGGAAGCGGGCGCAUUUGAUGCCGUUGCAACUAAUCAUUGGGAAAAAGGUGGUGCAGGUGCCAUCGAUUUAGCUAAUGCUGUUGUUAAAGUCACUAAUGAACCAUCUGACUUUAAAUUCUUGUACGAUGUUCAACAAAGCACUGAAAAUAAGUUAGCUACAAUUGUUAAAAAGAUGUAUGGUGGUGCCGAUAUUGAUAUUUUGCCUGAAGCUCAAAAGAAGAUUGACAUGUACAAUAAACAAGGAUUUGGAAAUUUGCCAAUUUGUAUCGCAAAAACUCAAUAUUCUUUGUCUCAUGAUGCAUCUCUGAAAGGUGUGCCAACAGGCUUCACUUUCCCAAUUAGAGAUGUUAGGGCAUCAAUUGGUGCUGGUUAUCUGUACGCCUUGGCAGCAGAGAUUCAAACCAUUCCUGGCCUAUCUACCUAUGCUGGAUACAUGAAUGUUGAAAUUGAUGAUAAUGGUGAAAUCGAGGGUUUAUUUUGA